GGCUGAUUCCCUCGCCAGGUCUCCAUGCCUCUGAUCCCCGAACACCCCGCGGCUCGGAUCUAAGUCCGAGAUAAACAGCGUUUCUGAUCACUGAGUGACCAAGUUUGAUUCGAAGUCUUCAUUUCCAAGAUAUUUCAGCGCCUACAAUUUUGGCUUCUCCCCUCCUUUUUUCCAUUCACAAUUGUUCUUUUGGUGCACUCUGCUAUGAAGUUACGCGAGAAAAGCGUGUUCGUGCUUCAUCUUGGAGCAUUUCGAGAACAAGAUUGAAAUUCGCCCGUUGCUGGAGAGAAAUUACUCUUCCCAUUGAAAAUGGCAGCUUCACCUGUCAAGUUCCUCUUCGGAUUCUUGUUACUUUCUAUUACAUUGUGGAUCGUAUUCAUAUUUGCUUCUAGGUUGCUAGCUUGGAUUUUGAGCCGGAUUUUGGGUGCAUCUGUUGGAUUUCGCGUUGGUGGAUGGAAAUGUUUAAGAGACGUGGUAGUGAAAUUUAAAAAGGGUUCUGUUGAAUCUGUGUCUGUUGGUGAAAUUAAACUUAGCUUGCGCCAGUCUUUAGUCAAGCUUGGAGUGGGUUUUAUUUCUCGAGAUCCAAAGCUUCAAAUUUUAAUAUGUGACUUGGAAGUUGUAAUAAGGCCUUCAAAUAAAAGCCCUCAGAAGGUGAAAACUCGGAAAUCAAGUGCCCCAGGCAGGGGAAGGUGGAUGAUUGUAGCUAACAUUGCUAGAUAUUUGUCAGUUUGUGUGGCAGAUCUGGUUGUGAAGACACCUAAAUCUACGUUUGAAAUAAAGGAAUUGAAAAUGGAUAUAUCUAAAGACGGUGGGUCUGGGUCAAAUUUGCUUGUCAGGCUGCAUAUAUUACCUAUUCUUUUUCACAUUGGUGAACCACGGGUCAGUUGUGACCAAUCAUCUAAUUUUAGUGGUGGAGAGUGCAAUUCUUCUGGCCAGGCAUUCAUUGCCUCAAUAGAAAGGCUUUCUGCCCCUUUCAUCUGUGAAAAAGUUUCUAUCUCUUGUGAAUUUGGACAUGAUAGGGAAGUGGGUAUAAUUAUUAAGAAUGUGGACAUUUCCAGCGGAGAGGUCACUGUGAAUUUGAAUGAAGAGUUACUCUUGGGAAGCAAGAGUUCCUCAGAACCUCCUUUUGUCUCUGGCAGAGUUAUUGAGCCAAGUGUUAAUUCAAUGUCUUCAAAAAAGGCCACCAAUGAGCAGCAGGCACUUGCUUCAUUCUUCAAAUACAGUUUGAUGUUUCCUGAAAAGGUCAGCUUCAAUCUACCCAAGUUAGAUGUGGGAUUUGUGCAUCGUGAACUUGGUCUUUCAAUUGAGAAUAACAUCAUGGGCAUCCAAUUGAAAAGCAUGAAAUCUCGAUCUACUGAGGAUGUUGGGGAAAGUACGCGCCUUGAUUUUCAACUGGAAUUUAGUGAGAUUCAUCUUCUUAGGGAAGCUGGUUCUUGCAUUUUGGAAAUAUUGAAGUUGGAUUUGGUAUCUUUUGUGUUUAUCCCAGUGCAGCCAACCUCACCUGUUAGAGCUGAAACAGAAAUUAAGCUAGGGGGUACGCAGUGCAACAUCAUAAUGAGCAGGUUACAGCCUUGGUUGUUCCUGCAUUUGUCAAAGAAGAGAAAAAUGGUACUGCAAGAGAAAGCUCCUGAUACUAUAAAGCCACAAUCAACUGACGAUAAGACCAUCAUGUGGACAUGUAAUGUCUCAGCUCCUGAGAUGACAGUUGUGCUUUUCAAUAUGGCUGGUUCUCCCAUGUAUCAUGGUUGCUCUCAAUCAUCGCAUCUAUUUGCAAACAACAUUUCAAAUACGGGGACAACAGCACAUGCUGAACUUGGUGAGCUGAAUCUCCAUUUGGCUGAUGAAUAUCAAGAAUGCUUGAAAGAAAGUUUUUUUGGUGUGGAAUCAAAUUCUGGCUCUAUCAUGCACAUAGCAAAAGUUAGUUUGGAUUGGGGCAGAAAGGACAUGGAAUCCUCUGAAGAAGAUAGUCCUAGGUGUAAAUUAGGUUUAUCAAUUGAUGUUACCGGCAUGGGAGUUUAUUUAAAUUUUAAGCGUGUUGAAUCACUCAUAUCAACAGCCAUAUCCUUUCAAGCUCUCUUGAAAAAUCUAUCCGCUUUGAAGAAAAAAUCAACUCAGAGCCAGGGGCGGUUAUCAAAAUCUUCGGGGAAGGGAACUCAAAUGCUGAAAUUUAAUCUUGAACGAUGUUCAAUCUAUAUGUGGGGUGAGACAGGCCUGGAAAAUAUAGUUGUUCCUGAUCCCAAGCAAAUUAAUUAUGGUUCACAGGGUGGUCGUGUUAUAAUAAAUGAAUUAACUGAUGGCACCCCACGUAAAGCAAAUAUAAUGUCCACAAUCUCAAAUGAAUACCAAAAGUUGAAGUACUCUGUCUCUUUUGAAAUCUUGCACUUCAAUGUGUGUGUCAACAAGGAGAAACAGUCCACACAGAUGGAACUUGAAAGAGCCAGAUCUAUAUACGAGGAAUAUAUGGAGGAAAAUAAGCCAGUGACAAAGGUGUCAUUGUUUGACAUGCAAAAUGCUAAACUGGUGCAGCGCUCAGGUGGCCUUAGGGAGAUUGCUGUCUGCUCUCUUUUCAGUGCUACUGAUAUUUCAGUGAGUUGGGAGCCUGAUACGUAUCUAUCACUAGUUGAACUUGUUCUGCAACUGAAGUUACUGGUACACAAUAGGAAAGUUGAGGAGCAUUGUAAAGAAAAUACGGGAGGUGUAUCUAAUCUCAGAGAUGGUGAUUGGAAAAAGGAAGCUACUGUGGAAUUAGGGCAUCCUGAAAAGCACAAGAAGAAAGAAUCUAUUUUUGCAGUUGACGUGGAAAUGUUAAGUAUACAAGCUGGGCUUGGGGAUGGAGUUGAUGCUGUGGUUCAGGUUCAGUCAAUUUUCUCUGAGAAUGCUCGUAUUGGAUUUCUCCUUGAAGGACUUAUGCUUAGUUUUAAUGGUUCUAAAGUUUUCAAGAGUAGUCGGAUGCAAGUUUCACGGAUUCCUAGUGUCUCUAUAGGUACGUCUGAUCCAAAAGAACCUGUAGUGACAACAUGGGAUUGGGUAAUUCAAGGCCUUGAUGUUCACAUAUGCAUGCCAUACAGAUUGCAACUACGUGCCAUCGAUGAUGCUAUCGAGGAUAUGUUACGAGGUUUAAAGCUCAUCAUUGCUGCUAAAACUAAUCUGAUUUUUCCUCCUGAGAAAGAGAGCUCUAAAGUCAGAAGGCCUAGUUCAAUAAAGUUUGGAUGCAUAAAAUUUUGCAUACGCAAGUUAACAGCUGACAUUGAAGAGGAACCAAUCCAGGGAUGGCUUGAUGAACACUAUCAGCUGAUGAAGAAGGAGGCCUGUGAAUUAGCUGUCCGGUUGAAAUUUCUGGACGAACUUAUUUCAGAGGCCAAUCAAGAUCCACAAUCUACUGAUAUCAAUAAUUCUGCUCAGGAAAGAAAGAUUUACUAUAAUGAUGUUGAGGUUGAUUUCAAAGACUCUUCAACUGUUCAAACCAUGAGGGAAGAAAUUUAUAAACGGUCAUUCCGGUCAUAUUACCAGGCAUGUCAGAACCUAGUGUUGUCUGAAGGAUCUGGUGCCUGCAGAGAAGGAUUUCAAGCUGGUUUCAAACCUAGCACUUCUAGGGCCUCUCUUCUCUCUAUAUCUGCAUUAGACUUGGAUGUAAGCUUGACAAAAAUUGAUGGUGGAGAGGCUGGGAUGAUUGAGGUGCUGAAGAAGCUUGAUCCUGUCUGUCUUGAAAAUGAGAUACCAUUUUCUCGACUGUAUGGGAGAAAUAUUAUCUUAAAUACAGGUUCUCUUGUUGUCCAGCUUCGGAACUACACAUUCCCCCUUUUCUCUGGAAGUUUUGGUAAAUGUGAAGGUUGUCUUGUGUUGGCCCAGCAGGCAACUAGCUUUCAACCUCAAAUCUAUCAAGAAGUCUAUGUUGGGAAGUGGAGGAAGGUGCGCAUGCUUCGAUCAGCUAGUGGUACUACUCCACCAAUGAAGACCUACUCAAAUUUGCCCAUACAUUUUCAGAAAGCAGAAGUGUCAUUUGGGGUAGGAUAUGAACCAUCUUUUGCUGAUAUAAGUUAUGCCUUCACUGUUGCACUGCGUAGGGCUAAUUUAAGUUUUAAGAAUCCUGGUCCACUUAUUCAGCCACCAAAAAAGGAACGGAGUUUGCCAUGGUGGGAUGACAUGAGAAAUUACAUUCAUGGAAAAAUUUCCUUAUUCUUCCAAGAAUCCAGAUGGAGUAUUUUGGCCAGCACUGAUCCUUAUGAAAAGCUAGAUAAACUUCAAAUUGUAAGUGGCUCUAUGGAAAUUCACCAUACAGAUGGUCAUGUUAAUGUUUCUGCCAACAAUUUUAAGAUUUUUUUGAGCAGUUUGGAGAGUUUGGCAAACAAACGUGGUUUCAAGCCUCCAACUGGUGUCUCUGGUGCAUUUCUGGAAGCCCCUGUCUUUACUCUUGAAGUUACAAUGGACUGGGAUUGUGAAUCUGGAAAACCUCUGAAUCAUUAUUUAUUUGCACUUCCAGCCGAGGGUAAGCCACGGGAUAAAGUAUUUGAUCCUUUUAGAUCCACUUCUCUUUCACUUAGGUGGAACUUCUGUCUUAAACCUUGGCUUCCCUCAUCACAAAGAUAUUCCUUAUCUUCUUCUGUUAUAGAUGGCAUUGAGGGAGCUGGUAAUGUCUCUGAUCCUCCUCAACAUUCUAGAAAUGCUUUGCCUGCUUCCCCAACAUUGAACAUUGGUGCUCAUGAUCUAGCAUGGGUUUUAAGAUUCUGGAGUAUGAACUACAAUCCGCCACAUAAACUGCGUAGCUUUUCUCGUUGGCCCCGUUUUGGAAUUCCAAGGGUUGCUAGGUCAGGUAAUUUGUCACUGGACAAAGUGAUGACAGAAUUUAUGCUCCGUCUAGAUGCUACACCAUCCUGUAUAAAGCACAUGCCUUUAGACAAUGAUGAUCCAGCAAAAGGACUGACAUUUAAUAUGACAAAGCUUAAGUAUGAGCUCUGUUACAGUAGAGGCAAGCAAAAAUAUACUUUUGAAAGCAAACGUGAUGUCCUUGAUCUUGUCUACCAGGGUCUUGACCUUCAUAUGCCUAGGGCUUUUCUAAAAAAAGAAGACUCUGCUAAUGUUGCAAAAGUUGUAAACAUGACUCGUAAAAGCUCACAGUCUGCAUCAAUGGAUAAAAGUGAAAAGGGCUACAUGAGUGGUUGUGCUGAGAAGAAUUGUGAUGAUGGAUUUUUGUUGUCAUCUGACUACUUCACUAUCAGACGACAGUCCCCAAAGGUUGAUCCUGCUAGGUUAUUAGCUUGGCAAGAAGCUGGAAGAAGAAAUGUUGAAAUGACAUAUGUAAGAUCUGAGUUUGAAAAUGGGAGUGAAACUGAUGAGCAUUUGCAGUCCGACCCAAGUGAUGAUGAUGGUUACAAUGUGGUAAUAGCUGACAAUUGUCAGCGUGUUUUUGUCUAUGGUCUCAAACUUUUGUGGACUAUUGAAAACAGAGAUGCUGUUUGGUCCUGGGUUGGUGGUUUAUCCAAAGCUUUUGAACCUCCCAAGCCUUCUCCUUCUCGAAAGUAUGCACAGAGAAAAUUACUUGAGGAAAAUAAUCAGGAUGAUGUAACCCAAACCCAACAAGAAGUUGUUCGGGUGCGCCCUCCUGCGGGUAAUGUUGCAAGUUCGUCAACUUCUCAGCCUGUGGAGACUCUUGGGUCACGUUGGUCUCCACCAAAUUUUGUUAAGAUGGACAGCUUAUCAGCUGCUAAAAAUGAAAGCUUAGAUAGUUCAGAGGAGGGGACUCGUCGCUUCAUGGUGAAUGUUAUUGAGCCGCAGUUCAAUCUUCACUCAGAGGAUGCAAAUGGUAGGUUUUUGCUUGCUGCUGUUAGUGGUCGUGUUUUAGCACGGUCAUUUCAUUCAGUCCUUCAUGUUGGGUAUGAGAUGAUUGAGCAAGCACUUGGUAAUACAAAUGUACACAUUAGCGAAUAUCAACCUGAAAUGACAUGGAAGAGAAUGGAGUUCUCUGUUAUGUUGGAGCACGUGCAGGCCCAUGUUGCCCCAACAGAUGUUGAUCCAGGAGCUGGAUUACAGUGGCUCCCAAAAAUUCUUAGAAACUCUCCAAAAGUAAUGCGUACUGGUGCUCUUCUUGAGAGAGUGUUUAUGCCUUGUGAUAUGUACUUCCGUUAUACAAGGCACAAAGGGGGGACUCCAGAACUGAAAGUGAAGCCCUUGAAGGAGCUCACUUUCCAUUCUCAAAACAUAACGGCAACAAUGACUUCUCGUCAGUUUCAGAUUAUGCUGGAUGUGUUGACUAAUCUUCUCUUUGCUCGUCUUCCAAAACCUCGGAAAAGUAGCCUGUCAUUUCCUGCUGAAGAUGAUGAGGACAUCCAAGAAGAAGCAGAUGAGGUGGUUCCUGAUGGUGUAGAAGAGGUGGAACUUGCAAAAGUCAACCUUGAACAGAAAGAAAGGGAACAGAAGUUUAUUCUUGAUGAUAUCAGAAAAUUGUCUCUUUGGUGUGAUACUUCUGGAGAUUUAUAUCCUGAAAAGGAAAGUGACUUGUGGAUGAUAACCAGCGGAAGAUCCCUUCUGGUUCAAGGACUGAUGAGAGAACUUGUUAGUGCACAAAAAUCUAGAAAGGCCGCAUCUGCAUCAUUAAGGAUGGCUUUACAGAAAGCUGCACAACUACGGCUUAUGGAGGAGAAGAACAAAAGUCCUUCAUAUGCUAUGCAUAUAUCUUUGCAAAUUAACAAAGUUGUUUGGAGCAUGCUUGUUGAUGGGAAAUCCUUUGCUGAAGCUGAAAUUAAUGACAUGAUCUAUGACUUUGACCGAGAUUACAAGGAUGUUGGUGUUGCUCAAUUUACAACAAAAUAUUUCGUUGUCAGAAACUGCCUACCUAAUGUCAAGUCUGAUAUGCUUUUAUCAGCAUGGAGUCCCCCUUCAGAGCGGGAAAAAAGUGUCAUGCUUCGAGUAGAUGCUAAACAAGGAGCUCCGAGGGAUGGAAAUUUUCCCCUUGAACUUUUCCAGGUAGAAAUUUAUCCCCUUAAGAUCCAUUUGACUGAGACAAUGUACAGAAUGAUGUGGGAGUAUUUCUUCCCAGAAGAAGAACAAGAUUCACAACGCCGACAGGAGGUUUGGAAGGUUUCAACAACUGCGGGUGCGAGACGGGUAAAGAAAGGUUCAUCAGUACAUGAAGCUUCCGCUUCAAACAGUCACUUGAUAAAAGAGUCUGAAGCAUCAUCUAAACCUGGCAUCUCCGCGAUGCUAUUUCCUGUCACUGGUCAGCCUUCUCUUCAUGCUGAUUCAGCCCAAGCAUCCAAAUCACCAAAUGUUAAAGCAAACCCAGGAGAUGGUUCGACCCCUGAGCUGAGAAGGACGUCUUCUUUUGACAGAACAUGGGAAGAGACUGUAGCAGAAUCUGUAGCUAAUGAACUCGUCUUACAAAGCUUCUCUUCCUCAAAAACUGGUACAUUUAGUUCUGUUGAGCAACAAGACGAAGCCUCCAAGAAUAAAUCAAAAGAUUCCAGAGUUGUCAAAGCUGGUCGCUCAUCACAUGAGGAGAAAAAGUUAGCUAAGUCGCAUGAAGAGAAAAGAUCUAGGCCUCGAAAAAUGAUGGAGUUUCACAACAUUAAAAUUAGCCAGGUUGAGUUAUUGGUUACGUAUGAAGGGUCUAGAUUUGUUGUGAAUGAUUUGAAAUUAUUAAUGGAUCAAUUUCACCGGGUUGAGUUUACUGGGACUUGGCGAAGGCUCUUCUCAAAAGUUAAGAAGCACAUCAUCUGGGGAGUCUUGAAGUCAGUGACUGGAAUGCAGGGUAGGAAAUUUAAAGACAAAGGUCACAGUCAGCCUAGUGGAGCUGGUGUUCCUGAAAUUGACCUCAAUUUUAGUGAUAAUGAAGGCCAUGCCGGAAAAUCUGAUCAGUACCCGCCAUCUUGGCUUAAGCGGCCGAGUGAUGGAGCGGGUGAUGGAUUUGUAACAUCCAUUAGAGGACUAUUUAACACACAGCGCCGGAAGGCAAAAGCAUUUGUUCUGCGGACUAUGAGGGGUGAAGCAGAGAAUGAUUUUCAAGGCGAUUGGAGUGAAAGUGAUGUAGAGUUCUCUCCUUUUGCUCGGCAGCUCACAAUUACCAAAGCUAAGAGGCUUAUUAAGCGGCACACUAGGAAGUUCCGCACUAGAGGACAUAAAGGUUCGUCCUCCCAACAAAGAGAAUCACUCCCAUCAUCUCCUAGAGAGACGACUCCAUUUGAUAGUGAUUCUUCAAGUGGAUCCUCGCCCUAUGAAGAUUUUCAUGAAUAGAUGCAUUUUAUUUGAAAUUCUUCUCACUAGAACAUUAAGCACGCAAAAUCUUGUUCUUGAAAGACGGAAAAUGAUAGCUGAUCUCUCUGAACUGGCAAGCGCAUGGGGGAAGACUUGAAAUUUCAAGGUCUCUCAAAGAGGAGCCAGGAGAGAGAUGAACUGGGGACUGGGGACUCAAUGCGGACAAUGCGUUUAUGUGCUAGUAAUUGAUGGCGAUUAAUGUCCGCGCAACUUUUAGCUCUGUGACGACGAGCCUUUCAUUCGUCUCAAAACAACUAUCGAACAUUAAUAGUUGUAUGUUUCUAUAGUUUGGGAAAAUGUGCAUUUUUGCGCUCUGUAAUUUGCCUGAUAAUAUAGUCAUAAGGUUGACACGGUUGUGCGAUUGUACAGAAAUUUGAUUGUAUUUCAAGAAUUUCAAAAAAUAUAAUAAAUGCAGUAUUUCAAUCA